AUGGAGACGGUUAAAUUAUUAUUUUUAAUUUAUUGCCUAGCAAUAACAACAUUGAAUACAAAUGCAUCGCCAACAAAUGGACGUGUUUUGCCCAGCCGAAGUGAUCCGUCUGUUCGCGAUCGUUUACCACAAAUUGAAAUGAAUGCGACAAGCCAUUCAAUUGUAAUGACACUUCACCCCAUGACAAUCAAUGAUGGAACUGUAAAACGUUUUCGUUUACAAUACGGAAUUAAUUAUCCUUAUCAUCAUUCAAUUUAUAUAAAUAAAAAUCAAACUUCAGUAUUUGUUGAUAACCUUAAACCAAAUCAAAAAUAUAUUUUUUCAUUAAUUGCUCUCAAUGAAAAUAAUGAUACCGUUGUACCAGAACAAUUCUAUGAUUUUCAAAUGCCAUCAGAAGAUGAUGAUCGUCAACAACCGAAAACUCCACUUGAGUUAAUUUUAAUUCCACGCUCAAAAACAUCUGUUCUUCUUCAAUGGACUGAUGUGGAUUUUCCGAAACAUGCUCGUUUACCAGCAUCACGACGUUAUAAAAUUCAAAUCAAUGAAUUAAAUGCGAAUCAACACAUCAUCAAACAACAAGAAUUAUUAGCAAACAACGAACAAUCUUAUUUAAUUGAAAAUUUAAAACCACUAACUAAUUAUGAAUUCGCUGUUCGAACAAUUGAUGGCGAUCUUGAAAGUGAUUAUUCAAUGGCUAUUGAAUAUUCAAAUCUUAUUUAUCCAAUAAAACAAUUGAAUAUGAUAACAAAUAAUGAUCCAUCAAAAGUUACAUUGACAUGGCAACUACCUGAUGAUGCAAGCGGUAUUAAAUCAUUUCAUAUCUAUUAUAAUGAACAAGAUGAAAAAGGACAAGAACAAAAAGUAACUGUAUCAGUUGAUAUAAUGCAAGUAACCAUUUCAAAUUUAAAAGCAAAUACAAAAUACUUAUUCAAAAUUGUUUCUGUUAAUCAAUUUAAUGAUGAAUCAACACCAGAAAUAAGAUUAUAUAAAACACCUUACGCUAUUGAUACGAAUACUAUAGAACAAAAUAAAAAUACAAAUCAAAAAUUACUUGGAUGGCUAUCGAUUGGUGGUUUAUCAAAUAGUUCAUUGCUUCUUAUUUUAAUCGUAUUUAGUAUUGUAUUUUUAUGUUUUUUCUUCACUGUUAUUAUAAUAUGUUCACGAUCAGCUUGUUGCUCUUGUUUAUCAAGUAAUAAAAAGCAUAUUCAUGAUUCGCCAACACAUAGCCAUCAACGACAAUAUUCUCCAACAAGUAAUACAGCAUCAUCAUCAUUGAUAAAACCAACUGAUUUGUGGGCUGGCGCUGACUGUUUAUCGCCACCAACAGCAACCAUUCGAAAUUCAAACACAUCUGAAAGACAUUAUGAAACAUCAUCGACAGCUGGUAGUGGAACAUUACAAAGAUGUAAUCAUCAUCAUCAUCAUCUAUAUCAUCAUGCACAAGAAACACAGCCAUUAACAAAUAAUAUUGAAUUAAACAAUGAUCAACAACGACAUUCAUAUGUACCUUCAAAUGACGGUUCAAGUUCAAUCGAUGGAAAUACAACUGGUUUUACAAUUAAUGGAAAAUUUAAUUCAAGUAUGCGCACAAGACCUAUUGCUGUUGGUUCACCAUUUGAGCAACAACCACAAAAGAAACCAAUGAAAAAUCUACCAAUGGGUACUGCAUUUAUUAUGAAUCAUUCAAAUUUAGUUCAACAACAGCAACAACAUGUAACGGUUCGACCUAUUCAACAAAAAGCUCAAUAUGUUGUUCGACCUAAUGAUCAGUCACAUAUGUUUGGAUCAGGUCCAUCAUCACCUGACUAUCAACAUUCACCAUCAAACAGUCAUUGUAGUUCAAAUCAUAAUCAAUCCUCAAUUCAAUCAAAUCCUAUGACAGGAGCUGCUCUUUAUGAUAAACUAUCUAAUUCUAAUAAUAGUGAAAAUUCAGAUAAUCAACGCUCACUUCUUCUGUCAAAACCAAAUUUACGAAGUUUUACUAUACCUGUAGCUCCACCUAUUAUUCCACCACCGCCUACAACUACUAAUAAACAACAAUCUACAAACGUAUCAGUAACAUCUCAAUAUAAAUCUCCAUUUCGUAGUCCAAAUAGACCAUUAUUAAACAAUUAUACCAAAGACAUAAAAUCAAUAGAUAGUGAUGAAAUCGAUACAAAUCCUGCCGAUGUACUCGAAGAUGUUCGCAAUCAAUUGGGCAAUCUAAUGAAAAAAGAUUUUCAAUGUUAG